GAGAGAGAGAGACAGAGAGCACUUUGAAUUUGGGUUGUCAUUUUCAAGGUAGAUAUUAGUUCACUAUGUGGAAUAAGAUUGUUCACUUGGUUGAUGGCUUCUAUUAUACUACUAUGUUUAUAUUGGAGAAGUUAAUUAAUUGUUGUUUUGUACUGUUAGGCUUAUUUCAAAUGGGAAAAUUUGGUGAUGCAUUCAUCCUUGAGAAAGAACUUGAAAUGCAGUGUAUUGAAAUACAAAGGCUUCAUUCUAAAAAUCAGAGGUUGUAUCAUGAUGAGAAAUAUCUGCAACACCAACUUCAUCUCAGGGAGCUUGCCUUUGAUGAUCUCCAUAAAGAACAAGGAAAAAGGACAAACGCUGUUAUUCAGAAAGCUUUGGAAGUGGUAGCUCGUGUUCGGACCACCAAGGAUGAGCUUGCACUUGCUAGAGAUGCUGCUUCUCGCCAUCUGGAAGAAAACAUUGCGCUCAAGAAAGCGUUGGAGGAAGCUCAAAAGCAACUUGGAGAAGGGAUCUCAGGGGACCAUUGAGAGCUUGCUACGAGGCAAGAUUUUGAUGCUUUAGAGAUGAGAUUUUGUUGAUGUUUUAGAGACGAUUUUUUUUUUUUUUUAAAUGCUUUAGAUACGAGAUUUUGC